GGGACGUUGACAGGAGGUGAAUUUGAAUCUAAAGAAGGUUGCCAACCUUACCCUCUUCACCCCUGUGACUGGUCUCAAAACUCACGAUGCCCAGAGUAUUCAACGCCUCAAUGUUUAGAAAAUCAAUGCGAUAAUGAAUCUUAUGGAUACGAUUAUAAACCCGGUCUAAUUAGAACCAGAGAAUCAUAUCAUGUAGGUGACUAUGAUGGAUCAUCAAAUAAUGAAUAUUACAUCCAAGAUGAAAUCUUAAACAAUGGCCCAGUUCAAGCAUCUUUACUCGUGUAUAAGGACUUUGCCACUUACCAAUCAGGAAUCUACCAUCAUUAUGAACAGAGUGAAGAAAAAUCUUUGGGAGGACAUGCUGUCAAGAUUAUUGGCUGGGGAGAAGAAUACGGUGUCAAAUAUUGGUUAAUUGCCAAUUCAUGGGGCGAAAAUUGGGGCGAAAACGGAACAUUCAGAAUAAUACGAGGAGAAAAUCAUUGUAAUAUUGAAACUGGAGUUUAUGCAGGUAUUCCAGAACUUUAA